AUGAAUGCAGAGAGCCCCCAGAAAACAGAGAACGAAGAAGAAAAGGCGGAUUUGGUUCAGUCGUGGGCCCUACUAAAAUUUGGCCAAGAAUCUUCAUCAGAUGGUGGCACACACUCAUUGAAAAGGACUGCAGCUGUAAGUGCAUCCACUGGACGGAAAGGGACAUCAAGAGAGUAA